AUGAAACUUGUUCAACAUCCCAAUGUAGUCAGAUUAUAUGAAGUUAUCGACACACCAACUAAGUUGUACCUUGUCCUCGAGCUGGGAGAUGGGGGAGAUUUGUAUGAUUACAUAACAAGUCAUGGUGAUGGUCUUAGUGAAAAAGUUGCAAAACGGUAUUUUCGCCAGAUAGUUACUGCUAUUGCCUAUUGCCAUAAGUUGAGAGUGGUUCACCGAGAUCUAAAGCCAGAAAAUGUGGUAUUUUUCGAGAAGUUAGGUUUGGUAAAACUGACGGAUUUUGGAUUUAGCAAUAGGUUUAUUCCUGGCACACAUUUGGAUACAGCCUGUGGUUCUUUAGCUUAUUCUGCUCCGGAAAUAUUGCUUGGCGAUUCGUAUGAUGCCCCAAAAGUGGAUAUUUGGUCUCUGGGUGUGAUAUUGUAUAUGCUCGUUAGCGGAAGUCUUCCAUUUCAAGAAACAAAUGAUAGUGAAACAUUGACAAAAAUCAUGGACUGCGACUAUUCUAUGCCUUCACAUCUGUCACCAGAAUGUAAGCGGCUAAUAUCUCGUUUGUUGAUACGUGAUCCACAAAAACGCGCUCAUCUUGAUGAUAUCGUACAGGAUGAUUGGUUGAGAAUUGACGGCGAGGACUUACCUAUUGAGUUAUUUUCUGUCCCAUUAAUAUCACGUGAACAUCUUUCGUUUGAAGAUCAUAUGGAAAUUUUAUCCAAAAUGGCUGAGGGUAAAUUAGCAUCUGUGGAAGAAAUACAAUCUACUUUAGAUCGCAAUGAAUAUAAUCACAUAGCGGCUACAUAUUAUUUACUUGCUGAACGUAAACUAAAACGUAACUACAUCGAAGAAUAUAAACGAUUAGUAAAUCAAUCCCAGUUGCUUGAGAAAAGAAAACAACAGGAACAGCAAAAGUGCAUCAACUGUGCUUUUGCACUGUCUGAAAACUCCAAACAGGGACAAAGUGCUGAGAACAGUAAUGCUGCUAAAUCUCUACUAAAUAAUGUGAUAGGUUCAGGUGCUGGAGCAUCUACAUCACGUAUUUUGAACUCUUUAGUUCCAUCAAAUGUUGAGGAUCGAGUGAGACGUUUCAGUAUGAUUUUAGAAGAUGAAGAAGAAGAGGAAGAAAGUAAAGGCUCCCCAGUAGUUUCCUCAUUAUUUGGUAAGUGCGCUACAAGUAUGAAUGAUUCGGUAAGUGGAGUUGGCGAUUCGGGUGGUGUUCACUCUUAUCUUGCUGAUACAUCAGAAGAAGCGAUGUUGGAAGAGGAAGAAGAAGAACUUGCUACCGUAGCAGGAUUGGUAUGUGUUCGGUCUGAGCUCUUAACUGAGCAGAUGGCUAAUAAUGUGUUGAGUAUAUCGGAGUCCGAAUGCGUGCCGCAUGCCUCUGGCUCUGUAGUACCGACUCGCCCCUGUUCAAGAACAAGUGGUUCUGGUGCUGAAGCGUCUGAUGGCGCGGAGUCAGAUGUCUCUCUUAGUCCUUGGACUGCAGGUGGGGCAAGUUUUGUUAAUUCCUUGAAUCGUAUUACUUCUACAACACGUUCCCUACCACCUGUUGAUAUCAGGAGGAAGCACCCCUACAGAAAAGCUUUUGUAUCACAUCGUCCCCUUACCACCGUAAAGAGUAGUCCACAACUUUUAAAACAUAUUGCUGAAGAAGAUUGGAAUAGUACUAAUUCUUUCGAAACUAAUGGUUCCUUCAAUUUGGAUAAAGGUAGGAAGAAACUAGAUGAAUGCCGUACUCAAAAUCCGUCUGCUUAUUCAACAGCUGAAGAUGGAGUAGCGAUUCGAUCUUUGCGUAGUUCCUAUAAUCUGUAUCGUAGCAUCAGGUAUGUGGAUGAUCAACUAAUUGGAUUGAAACCUACAAGUUCGUCUGGCACUGCGACACAACAAACAUAUUCUGGAGCUCACAGUCCUGCAUGGACACGGAGAUUUUUAAUACCCCUGUCUCGUCUCGCCCGGCAAGUAUUGGUAGUUGGAAUGCUGUGCUCAAUAUGA